CAUGUGCUUCCGUAAAUGAGAGCCGCAAAGCGAAAGCGCGCCCCUGCCGUGAAAUGUCGCGCUUGCUGUUUGUGAUUGCUAAUGCGAGUGCACAAGUGGAGGUUAUGUAUUCAAAAAGAACGGGUUGUUGAUACGGCGUGAGAAAGUAAUCCGGGGAGACAGAAAUUGGUUUUACUCGCAUUCAGUGGCGCACCUCUUAUGGCAUCAUUUAGCGCUACAGUUUCUGGAGGAGCGCACAUUGACAUUGAACCUGGUCCAGACAUUCAUAUCUGUGGUGCCUGUAAACAAGCAUAUAAUAACUUUGAUCUGUUUGUUGCUCAUAAGCAGAAUGAGUGUCAGAUGCCUUCAGAUACUCCUCCAGCUCCCAGUGUUGUUCAGACGAUUGCAGAUACCAGUCCAGAAUUUAGCUUUGAAGAGACAUGCCAGCCAUGUAUGCCCAAUGACAAUAAGAAGGCUCAAACUAAAUCACAGAUAACAUCUUUGAAAAAGGUUCGGCCCACAGUCACAGCAAAGAAAAUGGCCUGCUCCUUUCCAGGUUGUUCUUUCAAAACUCAGUAUGGACAGAAGGAUAUGGAAAGACAUUUAAAGACACACACAGGAGAGAAGCCCUUUGUAUGUGAUGUCUGCAGCAAACGUUUCAGCCGAAAGGAUAAAUUGACAAUGCACAGUCGUUCACACACAGGAGAAAAGCCUCACAAGUGCAAAUAUUGCAAUUAUGCAGCAGCUGACAGUAGCAGCUUAAAAAAGCAUCUUAGGAUUCAUUAUGAUGAGCGGCCUUUUAAGUGUCAGAUAUGCCCCUAUGCAAGUCGAAACUCCAGCCAGCUAACUGUUCAUCUGCGCUCUCACACUGGAGAUGCUCCUUUUCAAUGUCAUCUUUGUGAAGCAAAAUUCAAAAUUAACUCUGAUCUAAAAAGACACAUUCGCAUCCACUCUGGUGAGAAGCCUUACAAAUGUGAAUACUGUGAAUAUAGAUGUGCAAUGAAAGGAAAUUUGAAAUCACACGUACAACUGAAACACAGCUCAGAGGACACAUUUAAGUGUAACAACUGUGACUUUCAGUGUGGAAAUAAGACUGCCCUCCGACAGCAUGCAAGAGAGCAUCAACAAGGACAGCCAUUCAAAUGUUUCAAAUGUAGUUACUCAUGUUCCAACAAAGGGGCCCUGAAAGUACAUGAGAGGAUACAUUCUGAGGACCGACCUUUCAAAUGUGAUUCAUGCAAUUUUGAUACAAAGCAACGUAGCAAUCUUAUUAUGCACAAGAAAAAGUUUCACUCAGAUAAAGUUAAAGUUCGAAGUCAAGGCAAAGGUCGGAAAGCAGAAGACUGCCCCAAGCAGGGCAGUACUCGUUAUCGAGCCAAACUUGAUGCAGCAAAAGCUUUUCAAUGUGACCUUUGUGAAGCAUCAUUUGUCCGAGAAGAUUCAUUGAGAAGUCACAGGAAACAGCACCGGGAUUUACGGGUAAUACCAAGCAAUACUCUAGCAGUUCUGCAGCUCCAGCUACAUCAUGGGGAUCAGCCCAGUUCUCCUUCUCAUCUAAAUCAACUUCAAGUUCCCCUCCAGUCCAACCAGGUUUCAUCUUACAGUGAUGGACAUCUCAAAAUCAUUGUUGGCCAUCAACUAAGUCAUGAAAAUACUUUUCUACAGUCCACUACCAGUGAACACCAGCAUAGCACAGACUCCUUAAGCACAGAUAACCAGGACCAUAGUAAACAAGUGAAUGGUACACAGAUUGUACAGCAGGUUAGUAUGAUAUCACCUGUGUCGCAUAUGGCUCCCCACAGUGAAGUGAACUCAGUGGGUCACCAAACAGUCCUGCUUACACACAUCACUCCAGGGGCAAAUGAUUCUCUACACCAAGCUUUGAUUCAGACAGCCUCGGUUACCUCUCAGGACUCUGGUAGCAACCCAACCUUUAUCACAACAUGCUCUGAUCUUGAAGGCUUAAAUGCACUGAUCCAGGAAGGAGGGACUGAGGUUACAGUUGUAACUGAAGGAAGCCCCAGUGUUUCUGUAUCAUCAUCCACUAUCACAACUCCAUCAAUCAUUUCAUCAUCUGCCCCUCAAGUGUUGACUUCAAAACAGACUGUUGUUGUCCACAGUGGCCCUGUGGCAGAGGAAUACAGCAACAUUAUGGUCCCUUUGUAUCAGUAUCAGUAGUAAGACAACCUCUGGGGUGCUAGUUUUGCCUGCUGCCCUCAAAUUUCAAGUCUGCUCAAGACAGGCUGAAUACCCCCAAAAUGUUGCACUUCUAUAAAGUUAGAGGAUUAACCAAACAUAUUUGCACCUCAGCCAUGUACAUUGUAGAGAAUAUUCUAGAUAUUAGCUGUACCAAAAAUGGAAACUGAAAUAUUAGUACAGUAAUCCCUCCUCCAUCGCGGGGGUUGCGUUCCAGAGCCACCCGCGAAAUAGGAAAAUCCGCGAAGUAGAAACCAUAUGUUUAUAUGGUUAUUUUUAGAAUGUCAUGCUUGGGUCACAGAUUUGCGCAGAAACACAGGAGGUUGUAGAGAGACAGGAA